AUGGGCUGCUGUCAGUGUAGAAAACUCGAUAAAGGAGAAUUAUACCCAAUUAAAUAAUCCUAACUCAUUACUCAGUAAGCAUUAAACUGAUAGUUAAUUUCUACUAACUCCCCCCCCCCUCCGUGAGCGAACAAAACCAUUAGAAAAAUCACCAUUUUUUGACCAAAAACCCACCCUCCGUGAGUGAACAAAAAUAUUUUUAAUAGAAAAAAUUUUAAUAGAAAAAAAUUUUGCUAUAUAAGUGAUAAUUAGUAUAAUGAAAUCUAGAGCUAAUUCUGUUUAAUUUUAAACAAAUUGCGUUUUAAAAACAUAAAUUUUGCAAAUUAAAUUAGUAUUUGCUUCCCAAUUUUUGCAAAUUAGGAUUUUUUUAAAUUUCGAAAAAAAUAUUUUUUAUAAAAAAUUUAUAUAUAAAUUGUUUUUAAAAAAAAAAAUUAACCCCCCUCCGUGAGUGAACAAAAUUUUUUUUGUUCGCUUACGGAGGGGGGGGGGGGGGAGUAAGGUAAAGAAAAUGCAGCUAUUAGCAUAUUUAUGGCCUAUUAAGAUAAUUCAAAUUGAUAACAUUGUGGACCAAGAUCAACACGAUUUUAAGAAACCUUUUGAAGAGGAAUUUGAUGACAUAAGUUUAUCAUCACAAAAUAAUUCUCAAGUCACAUCAGGAAAACUCAUGAGCAAGACUUCUUCCCACAUGAGAUCCUUAUCAACGCUCUCCAUCAACUCUCUUAGAGGUUCACUUAUGAGGGGCGAAUUUGAAAAUGCUUUUCUCAUAUCAACACCUCAUUCUUUGUAUGGAAGCUUAGUCGAAGGAGAAUUAUCAGGGCCAAAGGAGUUCUUUAGGCCAGUUUAUAAUUAA